UGGCAGCCUCCCACCACCAAACAUGCACGCCUUGUAGUAGGGACCAUGGCGCUCGCGCGCACGCUCGUAAUUCUCGCCCUGGCCGUGUCCUUCUUCACGUUUGUCGCCUUCUUCGGCCGCCUGCCAGCACUGCGGAACACGCCCGUCGGCUUCCUCAACCGCCUCUUCGUCCGGCACCUGCCCGCCUUUGUGCGCCGUCUCGACCUCGCGCUCACCAAUGGCCGCAUCACGUCGUCGAGCUCGCGCCUCGCGCACCACCUGAUGCACGACAGACACCCCGUCAUCGUCGUCUUCUUCCUCGGCCUCGUCACCGCCUGCGCCACGCUCCUGCUCCCCGCCACAUGGGCGUCCCUGCAUCCGGCCCACAAGCUGCUCGCCGCCGCGCUCCUCCCGCAGCCGUAUCUCUGGCUGUGGCUCAGCGCCAAGCGCAAUGCCUCGACUCACAUCACCCGCGACAACCACGCCGCGCAGAUGCGCCACUACCCGUACGACCGCGUGCUCUACCACCCGGGCAACACGUGCUCGACGUGCGCGCUCGUCAAGCCCGCGCGCAGCAAGCACUGCAGCAUAUGCAAGACGUGCGUCGCCCGCAUGGACCACCACUGCAUCUGGGUGAACAACUGCCUCGGCCGGGGCAACUACAAGUACUUUUUGCUGCUGCUGCUGAGCACCGGCGUGCUGAUCGCGUACGGCGCCCAUCUGGCCUGGGUCUCGCUGUCCCCGCGCGUCGCCGCCCACUACGCAAAGCACGAGAGCUGGUACGCCUACAGGCCCGCGCCCGGCUCUGGCGCGGGCGGCUGGGCCGCCUGGGCCGCCGCAAAGGCCCACUACGCAGCCGUCUACGCGACUCUGUACCUCGACCUCGGCGGCCUGAGCACGGCGGGUGUCGGCCUGCUGGCCCUGCUCACCUGGCCGCUCCCGCUCGGCCUGCUCGCCUACCACAUGUACCUGGUCUGGGCGGGCAUGACGACCAACGAGAGCGCCAAGUGGGCCGACUGGCGCGACGACAUGGCCGACGGCGUCGUCUUCCUCGGCUUGCGGCGAGAGGACGGCAUCGCCGGCGGGGCCGACCCGCUCGAAGAGCCGCCCACGUCCUGGCCGCUCGACAGCAGACACGUGCUCGUGCGCACGCGCGACGGCCAGCCGCCCAAGGCCCUCCCGCCGCGCAUCCAGCGCCUCGCCGGCCCCGACGCGUUUGAGCGCGUCUGGACCCUGGCCGCCGUCGAGAACGUGUAUGAUCUGGGCAUGUGGGACAAUCUGCGCGAGGUGCUUUGGAAUUGAGCGCGCAGAGCGGUUGGCCAGCAGACGGAGCGUGCAGAGCGGUUGGCGAGCGCGCAGAGCGUUUGACGAGCAGACGGAGCGUUUGACGAGCGCGCAGAGCGGUUGACGAGCAGACGGAGCGUUUGACGAGCGGCUGUGAAGAAGUGGCUAGUAAAUAUACAAUGUAAAGUAUGGCAGAGUCUGGUGAGCGCGUCUCUUGUGUCCAGUGUGAUGACGUCUCUUUGUCCAGUGUGAUGACGUCUCUUUGUCCAGUGUGAUCAAGUACCUAACGUCUUGCCUUAAACCUGGGCACUGCAAGUAUAAUCUCAGACGAGAAUUGAAGGGCCGAGUAUGGAACAAAGUGUGCGAUACGUAAAAGAACAAAGUGUGUGAUAUGUAAAAGAACAAAGUGUGAUAUGUAAAAGAAUAAAGUGUGC